ACUAGAUGGACGUCGACAGAGAAGGCAGGGUAACCUGGUCUCUAAAAGAUUCAGAUGUGUGGACGACUCAGCAUACAGCUGCAGUAGUAGGAAAGGUCCUGUACUGCUGGGGAGGGGACAAGCCGGAAGAUUUAGAUAUUAAGUCGCACAAUUCUCCUAUAAAGAGACAGUGUACUUCUGCUGUAGAUGCUUUUAACUUAUUAUCUGGUGUUUGGUCCUCUCGACCUACUAGUGGUACUCCUCCGUUGGGUAUCAUAGGAGUCUCCUGUACCACCAUUAAUAAUAAUAUUUAUUAUUUUGGUGGCUAUUGUGGCCAUGACACCUGCUACCAUAACAGUUUGAACUGUUUAGACACUUUGACUCUUCAAUGGAAUGAAUUACAAUCCACUGAUAACAAUUUUGUGACUAAGAGAGGCUAUGGUGGUAUGAUAGUAAUGGGAAGUGAAAGUGAACCUCAACAGUUACUGGUUAUUGGUGGAAUGGCUCCUGUAUCAACUACAUGCAUUACACAAUAUCAUCAUCAAUUUGAGUACAUUAAGAUACCUCGUCGGGAUGAUCGUGUUAGAACUAAUGAACAGAAUAUCUACAACCUGUCCAGUGGACAAUGGACUAUUCCAUCUGUCAGUGGACAGUGUUGUCCACCAAUCAGCAAUUUUAUAAUUGAAAGGAUCAAUCAUAAUAAAGGAAUUAUGUAUGGAGGAGCAUCGACUGACUGUGGUAUUGCUACUAAAGGUAUCUACUUGUUUCAAUUAUCGCAUAACAAUAUAGUAAGUUAACAUGCAUGCAUACAUGUAAUAUAGCAUA